GCCAAUUUUAUCCGACGGGACCUUGAAUCUCUUUACAAACAACAAUUCAUACAAUAAUGCUCAAUAGCAGUGCUAUGAGAGCAUUUUCGACUGCAAUCCGCGGCAGGCCACUGCAGGUGGCAGUAAUUGGUAGCGGUCCUGCAGGUUUUUAUACUGCUCAUCGUGUCCUUAAAGACAUUCCCGACGUCAAAAUCGACAUGUUCGAGAGCCUGCCAGUACCUCACGGUUUGGUUCGGUUUGGUGUCGCUCCUGAUCACCCAGAAGUAAAGAACGUCAUGAAUAAAUUUGAUGAAGUCGCAACAGAUGACCGAUUCACGUUCCUCGGAAACGUCCACGUUGGUGGCAAAGACCUCCCUCUAUCUGCUCUCAAGUCAAACUACGACGCCAUUGUUUUCUCAUAUGGAGCUAGUGAAGACAGGCGGCUCAAUAUCCCGGGAGAAGAUUUGCCAAAUGUAUACUCGGCAAGAUCCUUUGUUGGCUGGUACAAUGGUCUUCCUCAUCAUCGUGAAUUGAUGCCUGAUCUCGACAGCACCGAUACUGCCGUCAUAGUUGGUCAAGGGAACGUUGCCUUGGACAUUGCCAGAAUGCUCCUUAGUCCCAUAGACGUAUUGCGCAAGACAGACGUUACUGACUACGCUCUGGACGCACUGAGCAAGAGUCGUAUCAAGCAUGUGCACGUCGUAGGUAGAAGAGGUCCACUUCAGGCUGCAUUUACAGCAAAAGAAUUACGAGAGCAGAUGAAGCUGCCAGGUGUACGGUUCAAUACAGAUGUCCAACUACUACAAAGCGAGCUUGCGAAUGGUGCGGAAUAUCUGAAUAAAUCUCGACCUCUGAAGCGAUUGAUGAGCAUAUUGGAGAAGGAAAUUGGCUCUCCUAAUAUACUAUCUGGCGACAAAUCUUGGACGCUUGAUUUCUUGCGUAGCCCGUCCAGAAUAAUACCUGACAGCACCAAUAAUAAUGUAAAGGCCAUUGAGUACGAGCUUAAUAGAUUAGAUGGCCCAACUGAAUCUAGGCGAGCAAUUGGGACUGGUCAAUUUGUCACUCAAGAGUGUGGCCUCAUCUUACGAAGCAUUGGUUAUAAAAGUAUUGCUAUGGAAGGCAUUCCUUUCGACGAAUCAAGUGGUCGGGUUCCUAAUAAGUAUGGAAAGGUACUUAAUGGACAGAAUGAAGUACCAGGCUUAUACACUGCUGGGUGGUUGAAACGCGGCCCGACAGGCGUAAUCGCAACGACAAUGAACGAUGCAUACGAAACAGCCGAUACUUUGGCAGCUGACUUUGUGGCGGGAAAGCCUUUUUUAAAUGAAGUGGAUGGAAUUGGACAAAAAACUGGCUCACAAGGCUUACUUCAGCUUUUCAAGGAUAACAAGAUCCGACCAAUCAGUUACGUUGACUGGAAACUGAUUGAAAAGAUGGAGUUUGAAGCGGGACAAAAGUUUGGCAAGCCCAGGGAAAAAUUCGGACGCGUUGAGGAUAUGCUUGCAGUCCUUAGCACUGAAGACCUGAAAACCAGCAUGUAAACAUACAUCAAAUUGAUUUUGAAUAACUGGAACCUGUAGUUCUCAAUUGACCGACACCGCUACCGGUGUCAGGGAACACAAUGGUCUGCCACCUUCCAAUAUAG